AUGAAGCUCUUUUUCUACUGUCGUCUUGCUAUCCUCAUCGCCUCUGUGGCGAGUAGAAUUGCGCCUGGACCGGACCUACAUCAAAAUCUCACCAUUGUCAACUCAAGCUCAACAUUCUUGACUGCCACCGUCAAUCCCGCAGAUCACGAUGCAAUAUGGCACAAGGCAUAUUGUCGUGGCGCCGCGCUUGUCAAAGCCAUGUCCCUCGACGAACAAGACUCAACGAGGAUGCUGGGGUGGCCUUACACGCAGAGUCCAUGGGACGGCGACCUAAAGCUUGAACUAAGAAAAUGGGGAUAUCUCGACGACGACAAUCAUCACGCGAUGAACGACAACUCAUGCGACUUCUCGAAGCAUCAUAUAAGGAGUGCUUUCGAUGCUCUCGGUAUUGACCCGCGUUCGGCACUUAAGGGUGGGCCGAACCACUGCUUCAUGUUAGAGCAUAGGUUUGGAUCAACGAUCAUCCUGGACAAGAAUGGGGAAAUGCCCAGUAUAUCCAAGCAGCGAUACGAGGCGGACGGAAAGAUCUACAGGGUCACGGGCGCCUAUUCUAAACUUGGCAUAAACCGGAAAGACGGUAUUGUUUACUUCCUCGACCGCACUUCACCUGAGAAAUCGGCCCAAACGGUCUGGGAUCAGGAGCAAAUCGACAAAGCCGACUUGCCGGCACUUCGCUCUAGCUCAGACCUAGCUUGGGGGAUGUGGAACAGGAUCGAAGGCGAACCAAGUAUCAAAAUGAUCAUGUCUCUAAACAUCAUCAACGAUGAGACUGUGGAUGUCAUUAUACCAAGGGCCUUGAAAGCGAUGGGAAAGACUGAGGUCGAGAAGUGGCCUGGAACUGAUCUCAUUGUGGGAGCAAAUGGAGGGGCCGAAGCUGAAGCUGCUCUCGCACUUAUUGGUUCGCCAAAUGGCUUAGGAGCCGGCUACUUUCUUCUCCAGCACAAGAGGCAACUUGGUGGCGACAAUUUCAUCUGGAAAAUCAAGAUCUUUAAGGGGGAUGAUGAUGACGAAUAUUAUGAUGACCCUGCUCUCUUCUUCUACAUUGACAAGCACACGCCACCGAUGCCUGACCCGGACGACACUCCUGGCUCUCCGAUGGAAGAGGCAAAAGCAGUGAGGAGGAGUAAAGAUGGGAAGAAUUUCAUUAGGACACAUAAGAUUUGGGCAAAGCUUUGA